AUGCCAGAUGACAAGACCCCUGACAUCACCUCAAUCAGAACAUUAAGACAGAAGAGAUCUUCCAGCAUCCCUGGUGCUUCGUCCAACCUGAAAUGGGUGUAUAGGCGUUCCGGUCAUCAUCUCCCUGACGGAUCUGUGAUAUAUCACAACACCUAUGACAAUCGCUAUGACUACAUCUGCAGAUGCCGUUGCUCAGCUGGUUACCACGCCAAAGGAAGUAACACGUGCGUGACCACUGGUGGCGGAGACCGUAAAUGCACCUCCUUUUAUGUCCUAGUGAACAAAGACAACUUUGAGUAUUUGGAUUGGAAGGAUGGUUCCGAUGGUUCAGUGCCUAAGAAUUCAAUCAAGAGCUGCCCCAAUGGUAAAACAUAUGUUGGGAAGAACAAAUAUGGUCUUGGAAUGGUGUAUGUUCCAGACAAGUGCUUAUACCUUCCCUGGGGAGGUAAGGUGUAUUGGUACUGGGAUUACCAGGUCCUGACCUUUUCCAAAAAAGUUGCAAAAGUGCAAAUGUCUGAUGUCCAGUAUGACGUAAAUGCAGCUAAAAAAUUUAGUUAUCCCCCAGAGGUCAUGACCCAGGCAACUACCAUCAACCAUCAGUGCAGAACAGUUAAGAAAAUACCUCAUCUCUCAAAAACAUAUGAGGAAGAGAAAAGGUGGGACAGUAGCACUGAAAUAUCAGUAGGUGUGACAGCUUCCUUUGAAGCCAAAAUCCCAUUUGUUGGCUCGACAGGUAUUGAGCUUAGUGCUACGACAACAAAGUCAUUCUCCAAAGGGAGCUCCUUAAAAGUGUCGAAAACCCUCGGCCUUGAUGUGGAGGUUUGGGUCCCACCAAACCACACUUGCGGUGUCAGAAUAAUGGGACAUAGGUACAAGACAAUAGUCCCUUACAAAGCAGUCCUCACCCGCACAUACCCCAGCGGGACAAAAAGAUCAACACACAUCUCUGGGGUAUUCAAUGGUGUCAAUGUUAUUGAUUUCGUAACUCAUAUAGAUCGCUGUAUUCCUAUACCCAAUGCUAGGUCAUGCCCCUCAAAGAAAAACUAA